CUCUGCGUUGGACGCGGGGGAUUGACUUGUUGCAGAGGUUGAGUGAGGGUCACAUUCGACCUCUGCCGCUGAAGCUCCCCGUUUGUUUAUAUAGAGCCCGACUCUCCAGGACCUCUCACCGUCCUGGAGAAGCUCGCUCGUCAUACCGCCUUGUCGCGUUCCGUCCCGUCGUCAGCAGCUCGUUCCCACUGCCGUUGACAAGGCAAUAAAUCCAUCCUGCUGGUGUCAGAGACGCAGAAACCCCCGCUAGAUCCGUCGACCACUCAAGACGCACACCCCUCACACAUCUCGCCGUCGUCAUGCCGCCAUCAGCGACGGACGGUGCCUCCGCCGACAACUCCAACGGCGCCGGUGUCGCCUUGUCCCUGAAGCCCAACAUUGGCGUCUACACCAAUCCCAAGCAUGACCUGUGGAUCAAUGCCGCCGAGCCUACCGCGGAGAGCGUCAAAUCUGGCGCCGACCUGAAACCCGGCGAGGUUACCGUUGCGAUUCGCAGUACCGGCAUCUGCGGCUCCGACGUUCAUUUUUGGCAUGCAGGCUGCAUCGGCCCCAUGAUCGUCGAGGGCGACCACAUCCUCGGCCACGAAUCUGCUGGCGACGUCAUCGCCGUGCAUCCGUCCGUAAAGCACCUCAAGGUCGGCGACCGGGUAGCCGUGGAGCCCAACGUCAUUUGCAACGCCUGUGAACCUUGCUUGACGGGCCGCUACAACGGCUGCGAGAAUGUCGCCUUCCUCUCCACGCCGCCGGUACCCGGUCUGCUGCGGCGGUACGUCAACCACCCUGCGGUGUGGUGUCACAAAAUUGGCAACAUGUCGUACGAAAACGGCUCGCUCCUCGAACCCUUGAGCGUGGCUCUCGCGGGGAUGCAGCGAGCCAACAUCCAGCUCGGAGAUCCUGUCCUGGUGUGCGGCGCCGGGCCCAUUGGUCUGGUAACCCUGCUGUGCUGCGCUGCGGCCGGCGCGUGCCCGAUUGUCGUCACGGACAUCUCAGAGAGCCGUCUCGCCUUUGCAAAGGAGCUCUGCCCGCGCGUCAUCACGCACAAGGUGGAAAAGAUGUCCGCCGAGGACUCGGCCAAGGCCAUUGUCCAGUCCUUUGGCGGCGUCGAGCCUGCCAUCACAAUGGAGUGUACAGGCGUCGAGAGCAGCAUUGCCUCUGCCAUCUGGGCCACCAAGUUUGGCGGCAAGGUCUUCAUCAUCGGCGUGGGUAAGAACGAGAUCAACAUCCCCUUCAUGCGCGCCAGCGUCCGCGAGGUCGAUAUUCAGCUGCAGUACCGGUACUGCAACACCUGGCCUCGGGCGAUCCGGCUCGUAGAGAGCGGCGUCAUUGAUUUGGCGAGACUCGUCACGCAUCGCUUCAAGCUGGAGGAUGCGCUCAAGGCAUUUGAGACGUCGGCGGAUCCCAAGAGCGGUGCUAUAAAGGUUCAGAUACAGAGCCUCGACUAGUUGGAGGGUGUCAAGAACAUGGGAUGAAACGGCAUGCAUUGUAACGAAUAUCGGCCCAGAUAAUGAAGGCCAAGGUCAUGGCAACGAGAACAAAUUUGAGUCUUUUGGCUCCUGGCAACGAGCUGGUGCGCUGGGACUAUGACAAGGUGCAUCGUAGGUGGUGACUGGUG